AAAGACUUUAACACAAAUGAUCUUCGUCUCCUUUCUUUAAAACCCUCAAGUUACCGAAGAGAGAGAGAGAUAGAGUUUUUGGAGAGAGAGACACAGAGAGUAAGAGAGUAAGGCAAGGAUUCUAUUUGCAGCCAUACUUGGAGAAAGUAAAAUUAGAUCUCUUCUUCUCCUCAACCCUUGACAAAUCAUAUAUUAUAUCUCUCUGUGAUUUAAAGAUUUGAUUCCAAGAAGAAAAAAAGAAAAUGAAUUCUAACAACUGGCUUGCUUUUCCUCUAUCACCGACUCACUCUUCUUUGCCCCCUCACAUCCACUCAUCACAAACCUCUCAUUUCAAUCUUGGGUUGGUCAACGACAAUAUGGACAAUCCGUUUCAAAACCAAGAAUGGAAUAUGAUCAAUCCACACAGUGGAGGCGGCCAAGGUGGAGAGAUUCCAAAAGUGGCUGAUUUCUUAGGAGUGAACAAAUCGGAUAAUCAUCAACCCGACCACAACCUCGUACCUUACAACGACAUUCAUCAAACCAACGACUCUGAUUACUACUUCCAAACUAAUAGCUUGUUACCUACAGUUGUCACAUGUGCCUCUAACACUCCUAAUAAUUAUGAGCUUCAAGAGAGUGCACACAAUUUGCAAUCUCUCACUCUUUCCAUGGGAAGUACCGGAGCUGAUGUUGCAGCAGCCGCCACCGUGAAAGCUUCGCCAGGUGAGACCAGCGCCGAUAAUAGUAGCAGCACUACUAAUACAAGUGGAGGAGCCAUUGUUGAGGCUACACCGAGACGAACUUUGGAAACUUUUGGACAACGAACUUCUAUCUAUCGUGGCGUUACAAGACACAGAUGGACCGGUAGAUAUGAAGCUCAUCUUUGGGACAAUAGCUGUAGAAGAGAAGGACAAUCAAGGAAAGGAAGACAAGUCUACUUAGGUGGGUAUGACAAAGAAGAGAAAGCAGCACGAGCAUAUGAUCUAGCUGCACUUAAGUAUUGGGGUCCCUCUACUACUACCAACUUUCCGAUAACUAGCUAUGAGAAGGAAGUAGAGGAGAUGAAACACAUGACGAGACAAGAAUUUGUGGCCUCUAUAAGAAGGAAAAGUAGUGGAUUCUCACGUGGUGCAUCCAUGUACCGUGGAGUAACAAGACAUCAUCAACAUGGAAGAUGGCAAGCAAGGAUCGGACGAGUUGCCGGAAACAAAGAUCUCUACUUGGGAACGUUCAGCACGGAGGAAGAAGCAGCAGAAGCAUACGACAUAGCUGCAAUAAAAUUCCGAGGUCUAAACGCGGUUACAAACUUUGAGAUAAACCGUUACGAUGUGAAAGCCAUCCUAGAGAGCAACACACUUCCUAUAGGAGGUGGUGCGGCUAAACGGCUCAAAGAAGCUCAAGCUCUAGAAUCAUCAAGAAAACGCGAGGAAAUGAUAGCUCUCGGUUCAAAUUUCCAUCAGUAUGGUGCAGCGAGCGGCUCGAGCUCUGUUGCUUCCAGCUCUAGGCUUCAACUUCAACCUUAUCCACUAAGCAUCCAACAACCUUUUGAGCAUCUUCAUCAUCAGCCUUUACUUACUCUACAGAACAACAACGAUAUCUCUCAGUACAAUACUAGCGCUCAUGAUUCCUAUAGUUACAUUCAGACGCAGCUUCAUCUUCACCAACAACAAACCAACAAUUACUUGCAGUCUUCUAGUCACAACUCGCAGCUCUACAAUGCUUAUCUUCAGAGUAACCCUGGUUUGCUUCAUGGCUUUAUCUCUGAUAAUAACAACACUCUAGGGUUUCUUGGAAACAAUGGGAUUGGUAUUGGGUCAAGCUCAACCGUUGGAUCAUCGGCCGAGGAAGAGUUUCCUGACGUGAAAGUCGAUUACGAUAUGCCUCCUUCUGGUGGAGCCACAGGGUACGGAGGAUGGAGUACUGGAGAGUCUGUUCAGGGAUCGAAUCCCGGAGGUGUUUUCACGAUGUGGAACGAAUAAAAAUAUGACUGCUCUGUGGUUCUUGCGAGACAAGGUAGGGUAUGGAAUAAUUAGCUACUUUAAUUUUCUUAAGAUCGGCUGGUGUCUUCUUGAUUAGUAGAGGAUUUAGGGUUUCAUUUUUUUUUUUUUUUUUACUUUUGACGGCGAAGAUGAUAAACUUCUAGACGGCGGUUAACAGAGUCCUCGAGGGUUAGUGUUUUUAUGGGUAUUAUAGUAAGCGUAGAAGUACCCAAAUUUUGUCUAAAAGCUAACCCUUCUGACUAAUUUCUCAAACUUGUAUUCGUUUGUAAUGAAAGAUAUUUAUUGUUCCUUUAUUUUUAUUUGAUUAGACAAGCUUAU